GUUUGAAAAAGGACGGAUUUAUACGUUUAUUGGGGAAGUGGUCGUUUCCAUGAAUCCUUACAAAAACUUGAACAUCUAUGGGCGUGACAUGAUUGAGCAGUACAAAGGAAGGGAAUUGUACGAGAGGCCUCCUCAUCUUUUUGCAAUUGCUGAUGCUGCUUACAAAGCGAUGAAGAGGCGAUCAAAAGACACCUGUAUUGUAAUAUCAGGUGAAAGUGGGGCUGGGAAAACUGAGGCCAGUAAAUAUAUUAUGCAGUAUAUAGCAGCCAUUACCAACCCCGGUCAGAGAGCAGAGGUGGAAAGAGUGAAGAACAUACUGCUGAAAUCCAACUGUGUGUUAGAGGCCUUUGGCAAUGCCAAAACAAACCGUAAUGACAAUUCCAGCAGGUUUGGAAAAUAUAUGGAUAUCAACUUUGAUUUUAAAGGAGACCCAAUAGGUGGGCAUAUCAAUAAUUACUUACUAGAAAAGUCUCGUGUGAUUGUGCAACAGCCGGGGGAACGAAGCUUUCAUUCUUUUUACCAGCUCCUCCAGGGGGGUUCUGACCAGAUGUUACGUUCUCUACAUCUUCAGAAGGAUGCAUCUGCCUACAGCUAUAUCUGUCCUGGAGCACAGAUAAAGUGUUCCAUCAAUGAUGGUGCAGAGUUCAAAGCAGUGGCUGAUGCCAUGAAGGUGAUAGGCUUCAAGCAAGAGGAGAUUCAGACUGUCUACAAAAUAGUGGCAGCCAUUCUUCACUUGGGAAACUUGAAGUUUUCUGUGGAUGGUGAUACGCCUUUAAUAGAAAAUGGCAAGGUUGUGUCCAUCAUCGCAGACUUGCUGUCAACAAAAUCUGACAUGGUGGAGAAGGCUCUUCUGUUUCGAACUGUGGCUACAGGUCGGGAUGUCAUUGACAAACAACAUACUGAACAAGAAGCCACCUACGGCAGAGAUGCCUUUGCAAAAGCUAUAUACGAGCGCCUUUUUUGUUGGAUUGUGACACACAUCAAUGAUGUGAUUGAAGUGAAGAACUAUGACACUACAGUACAUGGGAAAAACACUGUCAUUGGCGUCCUGGAUAUCUAUGGCUUUGAAAUAUUUGACAAUAACAGUUUUGAGCAAUUUUGCAUUAAUUACUGCAAUGAAAAGCUACAGCAGCUCUUUAUUCAGCUGGUUCUAAAGCAGGAGCAGGAAGAGUACCAGCGAGAGGGAAUUCCCUGGAAGCAUAUUGAUUACUUUAACAAUCAGGUCAUCGUCGACCUGGUAGAGCAGCAGCACAAAGGGAUCAUCGCCAUUCUGGAUGAUGCCUGCAUGAAUGUUGGAAAAGUUACAGACGAGAUGUUCCUCGAGGCUCUUAAUAACAAGCUAGGGAAGCAUGCUCAUUUCUCCAGCAGAAAGCUUUGUGCAACUGACAAAACGCUGGAGUUUGACAGAGACUUUCGAAUCAAGCACUACGCCGGAGAUGUGAUUUACUCAGUCACUGGAUUUAUUGACAAAAACAAGGACACUUUAUUUCAAGACUUCAAGCGUCUCAUGUACAACAGCUCUAAUCCUGUGUUGAAGAUGAUGUGGCCUGAAGGUAAACUGAGCAUCACUGAGGUAACCAAGCGACCUCUGACAGCUGCUACUCUUUUUAAGAACUCCAUGAUUGCACUAGUGGACAACCUGGCAUCGAAGGAACCCUAUUAUGUGCGUUGCAUUAAGCCCAACGACAAGAAGUCACCGCAGCUUUUUGAUGAGGAGCGUUGCAGGCAUCAGGUUGAAUACCUUGGCCUUUUGGAGAACGUGAGAGUCCGCCGAGCAGGCUUUGCCUACCGCCAAACGUACGAGAAGUUUCUCCACAGGUACAAGAUGAUCUCAGAAUUCACGUGGCCAAACCAUGACCUCCCUUCAGACAAAGAUGCUGUGAAGAAGCUCAUAGAGUGUCAUGGAUUUCAGCACGAUGUUGCUUAUGGCAAGACCAAGAUUUUCAUCCGCACGCCUCGAACUCUGUUCACCUUGGAGGAACUGCAUGCCAAGAUGCUUGUGAGGAUUGUCCUCUUCCUGCAGAAGGUUUGGAGGGGCACUUUGGCUCGCCUUCGCUAUAAGAGGACAAAGGCUGCCCUCACGAUACUCAAGUAUUACCGCCGCUACAAAGUGAAGGCCUACAUCCGUGAGGUUGCCCGACGCUUUCACAACGUGAGGCUAAUGAAAGACUAUGGCAAGCAUGUGCAAUGGCCCACUCCGCCGAAAGUGCUGCGCCGAUUUGAAGAGGCUCUCCAGACCAUUUACCAUAGGUGGAGAGCAGGUGAACUCAUCCGGAGCGUUCCACCAGAAGUCCUACCUCAACUGAGGGCCAAGGUUGCUGCCAUGGAAGUGCUGAAGGGUCACAGAGCUGAUAUUGGCCUACAAAGAGCAUGGGAGGGGAAUUACAUCGCACUGAAACCAGAUAACCCUCAGACCACAGGCUCUUUCAUCCCUGUUGCCAAUGAGCUGAAACGGAAAGACAAGUACAUGAACGUUCUCUUCUCCUGUCACGUCCGCAAGGUAACCGGCAUGUGCGUGGUCCGCGGACACAUGGGCUGGGUGGGGAAACUUCUUGUGGUCGAGGUGGAAUCCUGGGAACCCAAGGGCAAGGAG